CAACUCGGCCUCGCUUUGCAAUACACAUCUCUUGAAACUGCGUUUUCAUUAGUCUCCCUUCUCACAACUACAAGACUACUUGCUACCGCUUCAUAAUUCGUUUUACCCCAGCCAGAGGAUCCUGCACACACAAUGGCUGCUACCGCAAAGAAGAUCGUCCUCAUCACCGGAGCCAACACCGGCAUCGGAUGGGAAACCGUCAAGGCCUUGCUGCAAUCCAGCCAGCCCUACCGCGUGUUCCUGGGCUCGAGGUCUCUAGAGAGGGGUGAAGAGGCGAUCUCAUCCCUGAAGAAGAAGGUCCCCGAGACGAGCAGCAGUGUCGAGACGAUCCAGGUGGACGUCGAGAGCGACGACUCCAUUAAUCAGGCGUACGAGAAGAUCAAGGCCGGCCCCGGGUAUAUCGAUGUACUCGUGAACAACGCAGGAGCGGCAAUGGAUCCCAAGAUCGCCAAGGGCGAAAUGACCCUCCGGGAGGCCUACAACAAGACCUACGACAUCAACGUGUCAGGCACGCAGGUCCUGACGCACACCAUCCUCCCCCUGCUGCUCAAGUCCGCGGACCCGCGACUCAUCUUCAUCACAAGCGGCCUAUCGUCGCUCGAGAACAUGAGCAACCCCUCGGGGCCCAAGCCACGCGUCCCGUCCCCGGACGGGUACCGCGCCAGCAAGGUGGCGCUGAACCUGGUGAUGCUGUCGUGGCACGCGAGGCUGCGGGAGGACGGCGUCAAGGUGUGGUGCGUGUCUCCCGGCUUCCUGGCGACGGGGCUGGGUGGGGACAAGGAGCUGCUGGUCAAGAGCGGGGCGGGGCACCCGUCGAUUGGGGGGAAACUCAUCACUUCUGUUGUCGAGGGGGAGAGGGAUGCCGAUGUUGGGAAGGUCGUUGCUGGGCAGGGAGUACAGCCGUUUUGAGGAGCCGGGAAGAAGAAUCAGAGCUGACUUGUUCGUGUCACUUGAGGAGCAAAAUUCGUUACGCAAAAGGCUGUGUCCGUGGGUGUUGAUGCUUGUUGUGUGUGUGCUUGUGAUGUGAUCUUUAUUGCUGCGGACGGAGAUGGUGUUAAAUGCUGAAUAACGAUUGGUUUACUACCUAACUAAAUGCACAGGACGCAACCUGGAAGGUCAUACAUAACUUACACAGCCCCAUCUGUUGAACCUCAGAAUCCCCACUGGCUACACCAGUGUUUCAUCAAAUCCGGCGUCACUGCCUUCAUCUC